UUGUUCACAUCGUUCAAAUUUUUGUAAAUCAAAUUUUUGAAUUUUACUUUCUUGUUGUUGUAAUAACUGUGAAUAUUUCAAGUAAUUUGUUUUUAAUUCGUAAUUUUUUGAAUUUAAUAUAAAAAAAAAAAUGGAGUUUUUCAACGGAAAGCCAUUUUGUUAUUUCGAAGAUUGGUUGAGAUCAGAGUUAGAACGUUUAACACCUCAGUAUAUGAGACAGAUUAGUAAUGUGCAUUCAUUUUUGGUACCCUAUGAACAUGUGUCUGAAGACAUAACUACUGUUUGUGUUACAGAAUUCUUAAAUGCGAAACCUAUCAAUAAAUUGGGGAUACUGAUAUUAGUCGACAAAAUUAUACGUCAAAAAUGUGCCACCACACCGAACUUGGCUGCUGAGAUGAAGAAAUAUCUUCAGAUUUUAUUUUACGAUUUAAGACAGUAUAGAAAUUAUUCAGAUUUUCCACAAUACGUUAAUGACAUUUUAUGGGCUUGGGAAGAAAGUAAAACUUGUCUGAACCAAAUCGAAGAUUUAAAAUUCAUAUUUAAUAAUUUAUAAUGUAAUUUCAUUUCAAUUUUUUUAUUUGUAAAAUAAUUUUUAUUAUUUUGUUUGUAAUUUACUAAAAGUGACAUAUCGUAAUUCAUAAAUUAUUUAUAAUUUUAAAUUUGAG